AUGAAAGAAAGACGAAGCAUUGAACAAGAGUUGUGCACUCCUGUGGUAGCCAUACUUGACCGGUCAUCAACUUGGAUGGACCCCAUCAUUGCAUAUAAGGUAGACGACUCACUUCCAGACGAAUCAAGCCUAGCCGCCAAAAUUCAAAAGAUAAGUUCUUGGUUUGAAUGGUGGAAUGGAGUUUUGUAUAAAAAGUCAUUUUCCAGACCCCUCUUGCGGUACGUUACUCCUGAGAAGGGGAAAGAAAUUCUGGACGACCUGCAUCAAGGAUUGUGUAGCUCCCAUAUUGGAGGACGAGCUUUAGCUGAAAAAGCCCUGCGAACUGGUUAUUAG